AUGACUUUCUCAAAACAACUCUUCCUUUCCCUAUUCUUCCUCUUCCGUCUCCUGCACGCUUCACACCCAAAACAAUGCUUUGCUUCCUCAUGUGACCGUGAAGACGUCCAUGUCCGUUUCCCUUUAUGGCUACUCUCGAAACAGCCUGAGUUAUGUGGCCGCGCGGGAUUCAAUCUCCACUGCACAAACAGUCACAAGACAGCUCUCAAGCUUCCUAACUCCGGAACAUUUCUUGUCCGAGAGAUCGACUACACAAGCCAGCAGAUUCGUCUCUAUGACUCGGAAGAUUGCUUGGCAAGAAAGCUUCUCACCUUUGACGUUUCCGGAUCACCUUUCUCUGCCCUCUACCUUGUCAACUACACGUUCUUCAUCUGUCCUUUUGUUGUUCCUAAGUCAUCCGGAUUUGACUCGAUCCCAUGUCUAGGAAAUUCAACGACCUCGUUCUUGGCUACAACUAGUUUUGAUCUUGCGAAAUCUAUGCUGCCUUCUUGCCAGAUCGUCAAGACAGUAGCUGUUCCGGUUUCUCGGCCGGUUCUUGGCAAGAAAUCAAGAUUCUCGACUGAUGUCAACGAUCAAGAUCUUUGGCUAAAAUGGGAUUUUCCAAGAUGUAGUAAAUGCGAAAUGGAUCGUUUAAGAUGUGGAUUCAUAAGCAAUGCUUCUCUUCAAGUCAAAUGCUUCCCUUUCGACUCCGGUCAUAACGACACGGGAUUACAAGUGCUCAAAAUCAUAAGCCUGGCCAUAAUCGGACCGGUCACAAUCUUUGCCACUUGUAUUGCUAUCGGAGUUUGCACCUCCGAGAGAUUCACUUCCAGGAGACGACGAAACGUGGCAAUCGCGGCAGCUCAGCCAAACGAGGUUCCAGUGACGACGGGUCUUGACGAAUCUACGAUAGAAUCAUACAAGAAAAUGGAGUUAGGUGAGAGCAGAAGAUUACCGGGAACUAAUGAUAUUGUUUGUCCCAUUUGCUUAUCAGAAUAUGCGAGCAAAGAGACCGUGCGGUGCAUACCGGAAUGUGAUCAUUGCUUCCACAUUCAAUGUAUAGAUGUGUGGCUUAAGAUUCAUGGUUCUUGUCCUCUUUGCCGGAAUUCGCCUUCUCCGGUGCGUGAAGUUGUCUGA